AUGCCAGGUGUCCCUCCCAACGCUCUCGCCCAGUUGAAGAAGGGCCUCAAGGCCAUGUUCCGUAGCAAGAAGAAGGCUGCAAAGAAGCAAAAGGAACAGGAGCAGGCUCCAGGUAACCCUGCAGAGACAAAACCUACUACGCAGACUACCGUUGCUGGCGGUGCUGCUGCCGGUGCUCCUGCCGCUCCUGCUCCUGCUCCUGCUCCUGCCCCUGCCCCUACCCCUGCCGCUGAAUCGAAGCCUGCGGAACAAGCACCAGCGCAGCCCACUGAAUUGGAAGCUCCGGCCGCUGCUCCCGCUGAUAAGCCCGCCGACAAGCCCGCCGACAAGCCCGCUGAAGCGUCGCAACCCGCCGAAACAAAACCAGAGACUACCACUCCGGCUGCUGCUCCUGCCGCUGCCGCUGCCCCCGCUACGGAGACCAAGCCAGAGGCUGCCGCUCCUGCCCCGGCCACAGAGACUCCUGCUCCUGGGCCCAAGACAGACGCACCCUCCCAAGAACCAAAGGCAGAGGCCGCCGCUCCCGCUGAACUUGCUGCUCCCGCCCCGGCUGCGGAAACAAAGACUGAGACUCCUGCUCCCGAAUCCAAGCCAGAGUCUACUCCUGAGGCCCCUGCUCCAGUUGCUGCUCCCGCUCCUGCACCUGCUUCGUCCCCGUCGCCUAAAUCCGAAGCUCCUGCUCCGGCCGCUGAAGCACCAGCUGCUCAGCCUACAGAGGAGAAGCCUGCUGAGGAAAAGCCUGCUGAGGAAAAGCCUGCUGAGGAAAAGCCCGCUGAGGAAAAGCCUGCCGAGGAGAAGCCUGCUGAGCCCAAGGCCGCUGGACCUGAGAAGCCUGCCGAAGCUGCUGAGCCGGCGAAGACUGAAGCACCCAAGCAAUAG